CCCGGGAGGUGUGAGGUCUCGAUGGCCCGGCGCUCUCGUCGUCCAGACCUUGGGGAAGAAGAGGCCCGCGCAGACCCUAGAUGGACCCUGGGAAGGACGAGGAGGGGGUGCCACAGCCCUCGAGGAAGAAGUUUGUCAUCCCUCUGGAUGAAGACGAGGUCCCUGCCCCAGGGGCCAAGUCCUUAUUCAGAUCCACGCGAAACCUUCCCACGGAGGCGACUUCAGCCCAAGCAGCCCCUCAGACAUACGCUGAAUAUGCCAUCUCCCGGCCUCCGCCAGGGCCCGGGGCAGGGGACACCGGCCCCACGGGCUCGGAGCCCAGCACAGGAGAGACCCCGAACCAGGCUCUGAAACCGGGGGCGAAAACGAACAGUAUCAUUGUGAGCCCCCGGCAGAGGGGCAACCCUGUGCUGAAAUUUGUACGCAACGUGCCAUGGGAAUUCGGUGAAGUGGUUCCCGACUACGUGCUGGGCCAGAGCACCUGUGCCCUCUUUCUCAGCCUGCGCUACCACAACCUGCACCCAGACUACAUCCACGAGCGGCUGCAGAGCUUGGGGAAGAGCUUCGCCCUGCGAGUCCUGCUGGUCCAGGUCGAUGUGAAAGAUCCUCAGCAGGCCCUCAAGGAGUUGGCUAAGAUGUGCAUUCUGGCUGAGUGCACCCUGGUUCUGUCCUGGAGCCCCGAGGAGGCCGGGCGGUACCUGGAAACCUACAAGGCCUAUGAGCAGAAGCCCGCCGACCUCCUCAUGGAGAAGCUGGAGCAGAACUUCCUCUCUCGGGUCACAGAGUGUCUGACCACCGUGAAGUCAGUCAACAAGACGGACAGCCAGACCUUACUGGCCACUUUUGGAUCCUUGGAACAGCUCACGGCUGCCUCACGGGAAGAUCUGGCCUUGUGCCCAGGCCUUGGUCCCCAGAAGGCCCGGAGGCUCUUUGACGUCCUGCACGAACCCUUCCUCAAAGUGCCCCAGUGAUCCUGCCUUCGAGGCCCUCAUGUUACAAUAAAGGGUUUCCCAGGCCAA